UUACACCAAACUUCUUGAUCAGGCCUGCCUGCUGUUUAUAUAGGUCGCUCGACGCUCAAAUCGAAGCAAAAUUAUUUUUAUUUGAUUCCUAUCACUGGAAACCCCCACAGCAUAAAUUCCUAAAAGAUUAAACUCCAGUAGGAUACAUUAUUUGAUAAGUCAUGAAUGCUGCAGACGCUUGGAAAUUAGCCUGUGGUAAUCUAAGCAACAGCGAAUCAUGGUGGGAAAAAGUCAUUCAAGCUUACCAGGAACCUUGCAGACAUUACCAUAAUGUGGCCUUUUUGGACCGCAAGUUCAAACUGUUGGAUGAACUUGGAACAGCUUCUGACAUGAAUGCUGUCAUAUUGGCUAUAAUUUUCCAGUACUACGAAUAUGAUCCUCAGGACAGAGCCAGCACAAACAAUCUUGCUCACUUUCAAGAGUUUGCCUCUACUAAUGAUUUGCCGCAAGGAUUAAGGAGCAAAGUUGAAGCUUUACUGACUGGAAACGAAGAUGAUCUUGAGAAGAACGCUAAUGGCGAAAAUGAUGUCCAGCUACUGCAAGAUUUGGAUAUGUCAUUUUUGGGGCUUGUUAGUGAUGCUUUCUUGGACAUUAUCAAACUGGAGAGGAAAGAGUAUGACUUUAUGUCGGAUGAAGCGUACAAUGCAAUGCGAAGAAAGGCGUUGCAAACAUUUUUGCUGAUACCGAAUAUUUUUCUCACAAAUGUCUGUCGAGACCGCUUUGAAGCCCAAGCCAGAGCCAACAUCGAGGCUGAGGUUCAGUCUCUCGGCAAGUAAGAAAAUAUCCCGAUCUCAACAAUAACUCGCUAUUUAUUGUGUGCAUUCCACUUUGUUAAAUUGUUUUGUUAUCCACGCAUCUAGUCACUCUCAUUUUGUAUUUGAUUUAUUGACUGUAAUAUGUGAUAUAUAUAUUGACUCUAGAUAUUAAUUUUAUUGAUUAAAAAAAUGCAGCAGGAAUAAAUACCAAAUAAAAUACAAAGCAUUCAAUUGGG